AUGACAAACUCAAGUAAUAAUAGUAAUAAAUGUGAAAAUAAAAACUAUUAUGAAAUUUUAAAGGUUUCAAUUGAUGCAGAUAUUGAAGAAAUUAAGAAAUCCUAUAGAAAAUUAGCUUUAUUAUAUCAUCCAGAUAAAUUAAAUAAAGAAGAAAAUAUUGAAGAAAAUAUCAAUAAUUUUUCAAAUUGUUUAGUUAAUAACAAUAAUAAUAAUAAUAAUAGUAAUACCAAAGAUUUCAAUGAUAUUCAAAUUGCAUGGGAAACUUUAAAAGAUGAUUUAUUAAGAAAGCAAUAUGAUUCAUUAUUAUUAGAGCAAAAAAGACAAAAAUAUUCAGUUUCUGAUGAAAUUGAUUUAGAUGAUAUGGAAUUUAUUGAAGAAAAUAGUGAAUAUGUAUAUCCAUGUAGAUGUGGGGACCAUUAUAUAAUAACAGAAGAUCAAUUAUCUGAAGGAAGUGAUGUGGUAUGUUGUUCUGGUUGUUCUUUAUCAAUUAAAGUAAUUUAUCAAAUGGAAUAG